AUGCGCGGAUCCAGUCGCUACAGGCCAAGAAGCCCUCCACCACGGCGCCACUACUCGUCGCGCUCCCCACCCCGUCGCCGGAAUGGGGGUGGUGGCUAUGGCGGCAGCAGCUAUGGUGGCAGUGGCUAUGGUGGUGGCGGCUAUGGCGGUGGUGGCUAUGGUGGUGGUGGCUAUGACCGUGGGGACCGUGGGUACUAUCAGUCGAGUGGCCGCAGGCGGUAUGACAGCCACUCUCCCCCUCCUCGCAGGAGUCGUACAAGGAGUCGUUCGCCCCCGCCACGGAGGGAUUCACAUGACUCAAGCCCCGAUCGGAGAAGGAUGAGCAGGUCGCCACCUGGCUCUCCUGAUAGGGGAGCGCCAUCCCGCAGCCCGUCGCCAAGGAGGUACAGCCGUUCCCCAUCGCGCUCGCCAUCGGAUCCGCCAAGGUCUCGAGAUAACAACAGAUCCCACGAAGAGUACUGA